GCCCCGCACGGACGGUUAUCCUCAGUCCGGUCUCUCGCACUUGCCACCGCCACCAUGGAGGCCAUUAAGAAGAAGAUGCAGAUGCUCAAGCUGGACAAGGAGAACGCCCUGGACCGGGCAGAGCAGGCCGAGUCCGAGCAGAAGCAAGCCGAGGAGAGGAGCAAGCAGCUAGAGGAUGAACUGGUGUCCAUGCAGAAAAAACUGAAGGGGACAGAAGAUGAACUGGACAAAUAUUCCGAGGCCCUCAAAGACGCGCAGGAGAAGCUCGAAGUGGCGGAGAAGAAGGCCGCAGAUGCUGAAGCUGAGGUGGCAUCCCUGAACCGCCGCAUCCAGCUGGUAGAGGAAGAGCUCGACCGGGCUCAGGAGCGCCUCGCGACAGCCUUGCAGAAGCUGGAGGAAGCUGAGAAAGCUGCAGAUGAGAGUGAGAGGGGCAUGAAGGUCAUUGAGAACAGAGCCCUGAAGGAUGAAGAGAAGAUGGAGCUGCAGGAGAUCCAGCUGAAGGAGGCCAAGCACAUUGCUGAGGAGGCGGACAGGAAGUAUGAGGAGGUUGCCCGGAAACUGGUGAUCAUCGAGGGGGACCUGGAGCGUACAGAGGAGAGGGCUGAGCUGGCAGAGUCUAAGUGCUCAGAGCUGGAAGAAGAGUUGAAGAAUGUCACCAACAAUCUCAAGUCCCUUGAGGCUCAGGCUGAGAAGUACUCUCAGAAAGAGGACAAGUAUGAAGAGGAGAUCAAGAUCUUGACUGACAAGCUCAAGGAGGCUGAGACUCGGGCCGAGUUUGCAGAGAGAUCAGUAGCCAAGCUGGAGAAGACCAUUGAUGACUUGGAAGAUGAGCUGUAUGCCCAGAAACUGAAGUACAAAGCCAUUAGCGAGGAGUUGGACCACGCCCUCAAUGACAUGACUUCCAUAUAAACUGAAAUGCACCAAAGAGGAGCAUCUCUGCACGCAAAGGAUGUUGGACCAGACCCUGCUAGACCUGAACGACAUGUAAAAGACCCAGCCA